AUGGAUUCUCCAUUCACACCAGAGGUUUUUCUCAGUGCUGUGUCUUCCUCCGAAGCCCCCGGCAGUCUCUCAGAACAGGAGCAGGAGCCAGGGGUCCUGGCCUUCAGCGUGCUGAUGGCGGUGCUCUACCUGCUGGUCUGCGUGGUGGGUCUGUCCGGGAACGCCCUGGUGAUUGUAGCCAUUCUCAAGCUGGACAGGAUGGAGUCGGCCACCACCGUUUACAUCCUCAACCUGGCGCUGGCGGACGGGCUCUUCAUGGUGGGCCUGCCCUUCAUCGCCAUGCAGAACUUCCAGAACCGCUGGGCUUUCGGAGACCUGGCCUGCAAGCUGGUCAUGGUGCUUGACGGCAUCAACCAGUUCACCAGCGUCUUCUGCCUGACGGUGAUGAGCGUGGACCGCUACCUGGCGCUGGUCAGUCCCCUCCGCUUCGCUAGGUGGCGCUCUCCGCGGCGGGCGAAGGUGAUCAGCGCGUGCCUGUGGGCGCUGUCCCUGCUGCCGGUGCUGCCCAUGGCGCUCCGGUUCUCUGCAGAAAGCGGGCUGUGCACGGUGGACUCCCACGUCUCCUUCCACAGCUGGUGGCUGGUCUUCCUCACGUACACCUUCAUCCUGGGCUUCGCGCUGCCCUUCGCGGUGAUGAUCACGGCGUACGCGGCGCUGGUGCUGACCCUCCGCACGCGCCGCGGAAGCUUCCAGAGCCGUGACAGCGAGCGGCAGGAGCGGCAGGUCACCCGCAUGGUGGUGUCGGUGGUGCUGGUGUUCGCCGCCUGCUGGCUGCCCUUCUACGUCUUCAACUUCUGCGCCUUGCAUCGCUGGGACCUGGUGUUCAGCUUCGCCAAGGCCUUCGAGCUCGUGGUGCUGUUCUCGUACGCGUGGAGCUGCGCCAACCCCAUCCUGUACGCCUGCCUUUCCGGAACGUUCCGCGCCCACUUCCGCACCCUGCUGUGCCCCAAACAGGGGUCUGCGGGGGGGCCCCCCGAACCCCCCACUGAGGGGUGCGACCUGCAAGGGGUCAGCGGGGGGCACAGCAGUGCCGUGUAG